UCUGUGCGUUACGUAAUCACUCACAUGCGGUGUUGGGCAAUAAGAAGUGAAAUAUCAUCAAGUAUUUUUUUAUUUUUCUUGGACAGACGAUAGCGUGAUUUUCGUAACUUGCAAAGCGGAUUUGUCAAGGAAUGCACAGAGAAGGACAUACUUCGAGGUUUUCAGUGACACAAGUGUACUUUUCCAGAAGUCGGACGUUUUGACGUGUGGGUUACGUCUAACAAGUCCUAUAUUUCAGUCAUGAGGGACAGACUUGGACAUCUCCAGGCAGUAUCACUGUCUAAUGGCACUGCAGCAGAACAUGAAACUGCCCAAUCUCUCCCUCCAUCAGAAAACACAGACUAUGAUGACCCUCCUCAGGACCCCAGCACCAACCCUGACAUGGAAGCUGUCUUUGAUGAGGCACAGGAGGCUCGUCGUCAGAUUCAGUACAUCCACCUGGAAGUAAAGCGUCUCAGGGAGCGAAACUCACACAUUUUUACAGGCGCAGUCUGCUCUAGUGCUUCAGAUACCAGUGACUCUAAUGUUAUUGCAGCUGACAUCAAAACACGUGGACAGGAGAUGCUCGUGCACCUUCGCAAGAUGGAUUCCCACAGGAAAGAGUUAGAGGAAAAGUAUGGCGUCAAUUCACCGAUGACGAGAAUCGCCCGAACACAGUAUGCCAGCAUAAGCAACAGUUUUCGUUAUGCCAUGGUGGAGUACAAUGACGCUGAGAUGAGCCAUAGGGAGUCCUGCAAGGCGUAUAUUCAACGUCAGAUGGAGAUUGUGGGCCGAGAGGUCACAGGUGACCAGAUCGAAGAGAUGUUGGAGAGCGGUCAGUGGAACGUCUUCAGUGAGAACAUGAUUUCUGAAGGUAAAACGGCGCGGUCUGCACUCAUUCAGAUUGAGAGCCGACAUACGGAACUGCUGCAGCUAGAGAGACGCAUACAGAGCCUUCAUGAGGUUUUUCUGGAUGUGGCCAUGUUAGUGGAAGAGCAGAGUUCAAUGAUAGACUACAUUCACACCAAUGUUCAAUCAACUGAGGUGGAGGUCAAGGACAUCCUUGUGAAGCUGGAGCGAGCCAAGAGACAUGACAGGAGCAAUCCGUUUAAGAAAAUGUUCUUCUGGAAACGAUGACAUGGACAUAGAUAGCACAAUGUCAAAAAUACAUACUAAGUGAUUCAGUUUUUUUGGUUUAUGUUUUUAUGUUCCUAUUCCUUAUUUUAGGCAAAUUUAUAUUCAUCUUCAUAUAUUCAUUCAGAAAAAUAAACUUUUAAAUUUUUUUUUUAACAUAGACUUCACUCUGAAAUAAGUCAGUGUUAUAAAUAUUCCAGUAAUUUGUAGGGUUUUUGACACCAGGAAUUAUCUUAAAUACUUACAUUUUUAAAGCUUGCAGUUUUGGCAAAUAACUCAUUUUGUGCCUUUGGAGAUUUGGAAAUCCUUUUUUUCUGUGGUUUGUACUUCAUCAAGUGUUUAUUCUUAUGUAAAAAGUAUUUUGUCAAUAUAACGGUACACUUUUAGAUAAUAAGUUAGGUAUUGGAUGGUGGUUAGAUGUAAUGGAUCCAACUAUUUCAUGUGUACACAAAUCUUUAUCAGCUGUAUCUCAUUUGGUGUGCAUUUAUUCAAAGUUUUGCAGCAUAUGUCAUAAAUAAGAGUGUAAUUUUGUUACCUUAACUAGAUCCCAUAUGCCUACCUCGUGUGAAACGUGAUGCCCCCUGCUCACAACUAUUAAAAUAACACAUGCCAGGAUAAAAACUUUCUGACAAAAAGUUGCUAAAAGGACGGUGCUGUAUAAUACUUUGUUAAAAUUUUGUUCCAGGGCCAACUGUAUUAUGUAUGGUGAUGCAUAAUAAACAUGGAAUAAACAGCAA